AUGUUGAAAAAAUUGAUUAGUAUUAAGAUGAGAGAGAUCAAAGGAGGUCCUUGGGAUCCAAGAAUAUGUAGUGACGGAGAGUUCGAUCAUGCAAUAGAAGCCAUGGAAAGACGUAUGAUGAACAGAGCAUGGCAUCUUUCAAUUUGUUUAUUGGAUAAACGAUUUACAUUUAGAUUUGAGAUUAGAAAGGAUGAUUCAGAUGGGUUUUCAGAAUUUGCUAACACUGAAUUACUUAAAAUCAACAAUUAUAACGCACCAAGAGAUAAGAUGAUCUGUAUUUUAAAUUGUAGUAAAGUUAUCUUUGACAUGUUUCCAAAAGCGAAGAAGAUCAGGUUUGAGAAAUUGAAAAGGGCAGAAUAUGAAGCUACGCUUGAUGCACUUUGUUUGAUCUUUAAUGAACUCAAAAGAGAAGUACUGGAAGUGGUCUUGGGCACUCAUCAUGGUCAAUGA